ACAGUGGCUGUACAUUUUGGUAGCUCUCAUGGAGACUAUGCAUCUAAAAGCAAGCUCUUCAGACUUACAUCUUAAUUACUCCUAACAGGGAUAAUUAGAAUUUUCUUUCUCAAAUUAAAAGUUUGAGAAAUUCCUGAUAGGAUGUACUAUUCCCUGAAGUUUAUAUUAAUUACAAUUUUUUUUUACUGCCGGCCUUCAUCAAGCAUGGAAGACUUAGACACUAAUAAAGCUCAGUCUUCUAAAGUCAACACGAUAAUUACGUUCUGCAUUGGUGGCAGUAUCCUGGUGGCCAUUCUUGUGCUGAUGGGUGUUGUCAUCUGUCUUUACUACAAAAUAUCCGACGCAGUGAAACCUUCAAAGGCACCUCUUUGUUUGGCCUUAAAGAGUAAUCCAGCCAUGCUCACUCAGGACAAGGUCGCCGCGGCUGCAGCCCUCACCACUGGGUCCUAUCCCAACGUCCAGUACUGUGACGAAUGUAGCUUGUAUGCUGACUAUGACCGCCUGCCACCGUGCUUCUGUGACGUAAAUGAGGGACUCUGACUUGGGUGGGCACAAAUAUCUUCAUGCGCAGUAUUUCUUUUUUGUAGAAUUAUUCAAGCCAAGUUUUAUAGUGUUUACAUGCUCUAUUAUAGAACAUAUUUAUGUACUUUUGAAUAAAUGCA